AUGAGUCCAGUCAGAAAGAGGUUUAGCUAUCCAUUCGAGGACUGCGUACACCGGGGAGAGUUUAAGGCAGAGUUUCACUAUGACUUCUACUUCGUAUUGUGGAUUGAAAGGGAUGAAGGGGUUGCACGGCGCAAAGCACUCGGCACGGUGAUAGUAGCACGAUUUUUAGAGUCAUGUUUAGUGCUGCCUACCUUCUGUAGUUACAUCGAAAAGAAUAGCAGACAGAAUAGGUUCCAGCUUUUUGGUAAUCCCUAUAACGUUCUGCGGGAGGACGGAAAGCCUGGUAGUCUGGGCCCUUGCGUUAAGCCAGAUGGGGUAGGCGAUUCCGAGGAGCACAGGGCGAGCCCCCACAGCCCAAAAACACCAGUGCAUGCACGUCAUUCCAACUUUCGCUACAGCGGAGUUAAUUACAUAGCGGAAUAAUAGUUGGGUCGGAUUAGAAAGCACAGCGGAGUAAUCUUUACAGCAGAGCUACUAGACACCCCGACUGAUCCGAAACCACGAGACACAGAUGAUGAAGGGAG